CGUCACUAUCAGCCUUCUCGUCCAUUUCUUCUUUCGACGAAGACAUUCUGUCCAACGGAUAUACAAAAUGAAGCCUGCCAAAUUGAGACCGUUCCUACCACGGCCCGCAAUUCGACAGAGAAUAUGUCUCUCAAGAAGCUAUGCAGUUCAAGCUCCUGGAACACCAACGCUACAAGUGUUCAAUCGAAAUACGAAAUACCUGCAGAAGGAACGAGCAGCUGCGAAUGUGGAGAGAAGUCGCAAGGUAGAUUAUCUCAAAGAUGAGGUGGCUAUGAGGUUAUCUGAGAGGUUACUAGAUAUCGAUCGGCACUUCAACCAUGUCCUCGAUCUGGGCGCCAACUCAUGUAAUAUAGCACGCGCACUUACACUGCCAGAUCCAGACCCUGAUCCUUCGAAGACUUCUUCUCCGCCUCUAUCCUCUCGAUUAUCGCACCUCACAGCUGCAGAAUCCUCUCGUGGCAUGCUAUACCGUGACGCCGAUUUACCAUUCAAUAAAGAUAUCAAUCUCACACGCGAAGUACUCGACGAUGAAGAGCGAUUACCCUUCGAAGCCAAUACUUUUGAUGCUGUCUUGAGCUCACUGAGUAUGCAUUGGAUCAACGACCUACCUUCGCUACUGGCACAAAUCAACAAUGUUUUAAAACCAGAUGCUCCAUUCAUGGGAGCAAUGUUUGGCGGAGAUACACUGUACGAAUUACGGACAUCAUUACAACUUGCAGACAUGGAAAGAAGGGGCGGUGUGUCUCCUCAUGUAUCACCAUUGGCAGAUGUUAGAGAUAUGGGAGGGCUAUUGCAAAAGGCAGGGUUUAAGAUGCUCACGAUCGAUGUGGAUGAUAUCAUCGUCGAUUAUCCUGAUACACUUGCGUUGAUGCAAGAUCUACAGGCAAUGGGAGAGAGUAAUGCCAUCCUUGGGAGGGAAGCGGGAGCUAUUAAGCGGGAUGUCUUACUUGCGAAUGAGGGCAUAUAUCGAGAGUUCUAUGGCAACGAAGACGGAUCCAUACCAGCGACUUUCAGGAUGAUAUAUAUGAUUGGUUGGAAAGAAGGGCCGAAUCAAGCUAAACCUCUACCUAGAGGAAGUGGGCAAAUCAACAUAACAGACAUACUUGGUGGUGGCGAGGUCAAAUGAGCUUGAGUUGGGCGAUCGACUGGUUCUUUGACGCCCGCAAAAGAGUCUCAGGCUUCCAUUGCAAUCGUCCGAGAGUCUUCUGGUAUUGAUGCUAACUCACUACGAAAUGGUGUGCUACUACUGGUAGACUAGGGACAAAUGGACCUUCUAAGACAGGGACGCUGCCAGCGAAUUGUAUAGAGCUGCAUGGUUGUACAAUAUGUUUGUGUAAAUACUGUAGAUACAAUAGCUUACGAAUCUCAUUG